AUGUCCGAAUGCACAGGAAAUAUGGAAGGCCGUUGCAUAUUUCCAAAACUAGAAGCUUCCUGCCGAGGAAACCCCCAAUUCGGGUCAAUCGAUAUGAAGCCAGAUGCUCUUGAUGAUAUCGCAAAAAGGACGACUAAAGAGAGUACCUCGUCCCUGUUCGAUCUGGUUCAGUGUGCGUGGUCCAUUCUUCUCAGCAAGUACACUGAUUCCGACACCAUCACUUUUGGGGUCAUAGCGAAUCCGAAGAUGGAUGUAAUGGACCAGUUGUUAGCAGUGAUAGACGAAUUCUCUCCGAUUUCCCACUCCGUCCGUCUUCAAAAAGUUCGGAAAUUCCCAACGAUGGAGUGUGAUCACCAAGAGCAUUUCAAUACCUGUCUUCUCUUUGAAGAUGUCAUAACUUCAGGAUGGAUAUCAAACGCUGGCGAUGGUCUUUCCACCAUUGGCGAUAUUUCAGUGAUUGUGAAAUCGUCCGCGCUCACCCCACAAAUCUCUAUGCACUAUUCCACUUCAAUCCUGGGCCAUUCCAUGGCUUCCAACAUGAUUGCCACUCUCAGUGAAAUCCUCAACUGCCUUUUAUGGAAACCGUCGCGGACACUUUCAACAUCGCAACUGUUGUGCGGCUCUCACCGGCAGCAAAUAUCUGCAUGGAAUGCCCGGUCACACACCUAUCCACUUGAUUGUUGCAUUCACGCACUCUUCCAUUUGAAAUGUAUGCUUCAUCCUGAUUCCCAAGCAGUGUGUGCUUGGGAUGGAGGUCUGACGUACCAGGAGUUGGACGACCUGUCCUGGAGGGUCAAGGCACGAUUAACAACACACAAUGUUGGGCCGGGAUCCAUAGUUCCGAUGCUUUUCGAAAAGUCUAAAUGGGCAGUUGUUGCGAUGUUAGGGGUCCUCAAGGCUGGUGCUGCCUUUGUCGCGUUGGACCCUGCAUACCCCGAAAAGCGUUUGCGGGACAUCUGUGAGGAUGUGGAAGCAAAUGUCAUCAUUUGUUCUGAUUGGCUUGUGCAGCAUAACUUAAAUUACACGACGAUAGCAGUUGGCGAUGGCACUGUUGCUUGGGGAACGGAUCCUGCGCGAAAUCAGUCACGAGUACAGUCCCACGACCCUGCAUAUGUUGUUUACACGUCGGGAUCGACAGGGACACCGAAAGGAGUUGUGAUUGAACAUGCUUCGUUCUGUUCUAACGCAGUUGCCAGUAGUAAAGCACAAAAUCUUGACAGCUCAUCCCGGGUGCUCCAGUUUGCCUCUUAUGCCUUCGAUAUCAGCAUUCAUGAAUGUCUGACUACGUUGAUAAUCGGAGGCUGCGUUUGUAUCCCUUCUGAGUUUCAGCGAUUGAAUGACUUGAAAAGUGCAGUCCAAAACUUGCAAGCCAACUGGGCAGAACUUACACCGACCGCUGCCAAGCUGUUACGACCAGAAGAUGUGCCAACCGUGAAGACUCUAAUUUUGGGUGGGGAAUCCAUGACAUCAACGGACAUAGCAAUAUGGAACGAAAACGUGCACUUGGUAUGCGCUUAUGGGCCUGCGGAAUGCACGGUUGUUUCCAAUGUACAACCCCAUGUGACCGAGCCUGGUAAUAUAGGAUUCUGCUUUGGUGGGUCAUGCUGGAUUGUAGAUAAGGAAAACCACAAUAACCUCGCAGCUAUUGGGGCCAUAGGAGAGCUCGUAAUCGGAGGGGCCAUCGUUUCCAGAGGAUAUCUCAAGAGACCCGAGCAGACAGCAGCUGCAUUCGUUACUGGGCCCCAAUGGGUAUCAGAUUUCGACAUAGGUGUAGAGCAACGGUUUUAUAAAACAGGGGAUCUGGCCAGGUACAGAUCUGACGGCUCAAUUGUAUACAUCGGGCGAAAGGACACUCAAGUCAAGAUACGUGGACAAAGGGUGGAGCUCGGAGAAAUUGAAUACGUCUCACAACAAUGCCUCAAAGAAACAAUGGUUGUCGCCGAAGUUAUUGCCCACGAAACACGAAGACCUUCAUUGGUUUUAUUCAUGGCGACAAAACAGUUAUUUACAGCGGAGCUGGUCUCCGGCAUCACCAUAUGCGAGCCGGAUGGAAAAUUUCGUGAAGUUGUAGCGCGCUUAAAAGUGCAUCUGCAAAAUGCGCUCCCAGCAUAUAUGGUACCUGCAGCAUACAUCCAAUUGGCCGCUAUGCCUGUGUCACGGACAGGAAAGGUAGAUCGACGGGUUUUGCAAAAGGCUGUCAGCGAUUUAUCAGAGAACCAGCUAAAGGAGUAUCGCAUGGUGACCAGUGUGGACAGAGGAUUCAGCUCGGCAAAUACUCCUGUCGAGGAGCUGGUCCAACAGUUACUGGCAACUACCCUUGGUCUGCCAUUGACUGCCGUCGGAAUGAAUGAUAACUUUUUAAAACUGGGUGGAGACUCUGUCUCUGCAGUCAGCUUGGUAGAAACUGCUCGCCAAAAAGGGCUCAAACUGACAGUGGCAUCCCUGUUCACUGAUCAAUCAAUAUCCAAGCUGGCAUGUAAUAUAGCAGAAUACCAAAUAUCCCACGAUCAACCACCGCCACCGCCGUUUUUCCUGUUGAACCCCCUGGAAAAGGACUCAAUUAUCUCAAGCGCAGCGGUCAAAUGUUGCAUCCACCCUGAAAAUAUUCAAGAUAUAUAUCCCUGCACGCCCCUGCAAGAGGCUCUCAUCGCAUACACGGCACGGACACCCGGCUCACUUCAGUGUAGUUUUCGUUUCCAAUUGCCAAGGGACCUUGACGUGGUUAUGUUUAAAAAGGCAUGGGCAGAAGUGUGCAACGCAAAUCCUAUUUUACGCACGAGAAUUAUCAUGGCAGAUUCACUCCAAGCAUUUCAAGUUGUUAGUUUCGAAGUAGAGCCACAGUGUCAAUCAAGUGAAAAUGAAUCGGAAUUUCCAAAAACACUCAUGUCGUUCGGGACCCCGCUAGUUUCAAGCUCGAUCGUCGAUAAGGGGAGUGAGAUCGAGCCAUUGACCUUCAUCCUCACAAUUCAUCAUGCCCUAUUUGACGGAUGGUCAUACCAGAGGAUCUUGGAAGCUACCGAAAAUGCGUAUAAGGGAACACACAUGCCGUCGCAGCAGCCUUUCGCGUCAUUCAUCGAAUACGUCAACAAUUUAGAUCUAGAACUCGCGCGUGAUUUCUGGACAGAAGAAUUUCAAGGAUUGAGAACAGUUGGGUUUCCAUCCCCAUUCCUCUCGCCAGGCUAUACUCCAAAAUCCACCAGAACCGCCACCCGGUCCAUCAUGGUUUCCAAAUGGCCUAACGGCAGAUAUACAUCAUCCAUAGUGGUCAGGUUGGCGUUCACUGUUCUUCUUUCAUGGUACAUGGAAACCAACGAUGUUCUUUUCGGGAUCACUGUGGCUGGUCGCGGUGCUCCGGUCCCUGGGAUCUAUCAAAUGACGGGACCCACAAUAGCGACGUUUCCGCUCCGUACUAUUCUCCACCCUCAUCUAAGCAUCGAGGAGACACUGAGUGAAAUGCAAGCGCAUGCGGCGAAACUGAUUCAGUUCGAGCAGACAGGCUUACGACGGAUCAGAAGUUAUGGAGGGGACGCAUCUUCAGCGUGCGACUUCCAAAACUUGCUCGUUAUACAGCCACAAAAGAGUACAAUUUCUUCCGAGCUAUUCAUUGAAUCUCCAAACAAUUCUGCUGAACAGCUGAAAUUGAGCACCCAUCCACUAACAAUGGUGUGCGAACUUUCUGGAGAACGGGCGUUGUUUGUCACUGCAAUUUUUGAUGGUUGUAUUUUGGACCACGACGCUGCGCAGAUAAUGUUGGAACGCUUUGAGCACGUCCUUCACGAUAUUACAGAUAAUCCGGGACAAAAAAUUGGCUGCGUAAUUCCUGAUAUGCCACCAAACCCCGACGCCCCGAUGAAUGAAUCGGGUCUCUUGCGUGACGUUGAAUACCAAGCGCAAAAAUAUCUAGGCGAACCGUACCAAGUAGUCGUUGACAUGGUUUGUCCAAAAGAUCUGUGUACAGGGAGGCUUGCUGUAUUUGUUUGUGAAAAUCUGGGGCACCAAAGCAUAGAGACAGAGCUGUUUGCCGUCCCGGAAAAUACCUUCAAGCUCAAACUCCGUGGGUUGAUAGAAUAUAUGAGCAAAGCUAUUCCUGGGAACCGUGAGGAGAGAGUUCGAAAAAUUAUUGCACGAGUCAUCGGCAUAGACACAGAUGCGGUUGGGAUCAACGAUGACUUCUUCAACCUAGGCGGUGACUCCAUCUCGGCAAUACAGGUGGUCACUCUGUGCAGAGAAGAUAGUUUAUUGCUGACCGCCUUGGAUGUCUUCGACGCUAAAACUGUCAAACUCAUAGCCUCGAAAGCAAAGCCUUCUACGAUUCCAACACCACCAUCAACACCCAGUGAAGGUGGACAGUCGAUGGUCCGGUUCCCCUUGUUAUCCUUGGCACCUCCUGAGGAAGAGGAACUCGAAUUAAGGCUCAAAGAGAACUUGGGUAUUUCUUACGACGAAGUAGAGGAUGCGUACCCUUGCCACCCUGUACAUGAGGGGCUUCUCAUCACUCAGUCGUUGAAUACAUAUAAGUACCGGUCAUAUACCAUAUGGGAAGUGACUUCAAAAGUUCCCCAGUGUUCCAUAUGGCCAAUGCGCUUGGUAAAAGCUUGGACAGACAUUGUAAGGCGCCACCCAGCCCUGAGAACCAUUUUGGUUAAUCGCGGAACCAACGGCCAAGGGAAAACACAUAUCGUGCGGAAGGUGAUAAAUACUGACCUCCACGUUCUGUCAUGUACUGAUAACGAAAUUAUGGACAUAUUGCGCAAGUCUUCCCUGAGUAAUGAGGUGAGCAGUGCUCCUCCAUAUCAAUUCACCCUGUGCCAAACCGAUACUGGUAGGCUUUAUUGUAAGCUCGAGGGUAGCGAUGCCUUUCUAGACGCAGCUUCCCUCCUAAUAAUUUUACGGGAGUUGUCACAAUCAUACGAAGGACGGCUCUCUUUCUCUGCAGGUCCAUUGUACAGUCAGGCCACUGCGUACUUCUGCGAUGCCGUGAGGUUCAGAGGCCUGAUAGACUACUGGAAAACCCAAAUGCUCGAUAUGCAACCGUGCAUAUUUCCCCGACGCCAAAGUGACGAAUUUCAGAGAGAACUUCGCACCAUGAAAAGAGCAGCUACUGACAAAGCUUUGCUAGGUCGCUUUUGCCUUGAAAAUGGGGUCACUAUGAGCAAUGUUUUUCAGACUGCCUGGGCUAUGGUACUGCGGAAAUACACAGGGUUGGACGACGUAUGUUUUGGGACAGUUGUUUCGGGGCGGGAUGUUCCUAUUCCCGAAAUCCACAAUGUCGUUGGCUCUUUUUUCAAUGUAAUUGUUUGCCGAUUACGUUUCACAGCGCAAGGCAGCUGCCGCGACGUUUUGGUAAGAAAUCAGGCGGAGCACGGAACCAGGCUUCGAAAUGGGAAUUGCUCCCUGAUAGAUGUUUUGCAACUUUCCAAGUAUUUCGGCAAACCGCUAUUCAAUACCUGCAUAUCGGUAGAACAGCCCUUGUCAAAUGAAGACGAGAGCGAAAUUUGCUUCAAAGAGGUAGAAACAUAUGAAGCGACAGAGUAUGACAUUAUUAUCAAUAUAUGCGUUGGGAAAAACACGGUCGAAGCAACAUUCACGUAUUGGGCUUCGGCAUUGGAAGAUUCCGAGAUCAUUACCGUUGCGGACGAAUUUAGAGAAUCUGUAGCACAAAUUCUCCUUUUGGGAGAAGCAACCGAAUAG